AUGGUGUCGGAUUCUGAACUAGUGGGUCGGAUCCGGGAAAUCAUUCAGGGCUCCGACCUGAACACCACCACCGCAGGUGGCGUACGCCGUCGCCUCGAGGAGGAGUUCUCAAUUGAUUUGCAUGAACGCAGGCACUUCAUUAGAGAACAAAUAGACAUUUUCCUUCAUGAAUUAAGAGAAUGUCAAAACAACGAACCAGAAGAAGAACAAGAAGAGGAAAAUGAGAAUGGAAACGAUGAAAACUCAGAAGAAGAAGAGGAAAUGGAAGAGAGCGAUAAAGACAGAAGCAGUAAAGAUAGGUCUAACCAGAUGGAUAAAGGUGUAAAGAAAAAUGGACGGGGUUUUACUAAACCAUGUGCCCUUUCUCCACAACUGCAGGAAUUGUUUGGGGUUUCAGAGCUAGCCAGAACCGAGGUUGUUAAGAAAAUUUGGGCAUAUAUCCGGGAGAAGAACUUGCAAAACCCAAAAGACAGGAGAAAAAUCUUAUGCGAUGAACGUUUGCAUGGAAUUUUUCGUGUUCGUAGUAUAGAUAUGUUCAAAAUGAAUAAAGCAUUGAGCAAGCACAUUUGGCCCCUAGAUGAAGCCCAAGAACCAGAAGAAGAACAAGGAGAAGAAAUGGCUAACGAGAAUGGAGGGGACCAAGAAGAUGAAAAUUCUCAAGAAGAAGAAGAGGAAGAGGAAGGGACUGAUGAAGACAGAGGCAAUAACAAUAAGAGGUCUAACGAGAUGGAUAAAGAUGUAAAGAAAAGAGGGGGCUUUGCUAAACCAUGUGCCCUUUCUCCACAACUGCAGGCACUCCUUGGGGUGCCGGAGCUAGCCAGAACCGAGGUUGUCAAGAAACUUUGGGUAUAUAUUCGGGAGAAGAACUUACAGAACCCAAAGAACAAGAGAAAAAUCUUGUGUGAUGAAGCUUUGCAUGGAAUUUUUCGUGUUCGCUCUAUUGAUAUGUUUCAAAUGAAUAAAGCAUUGUCCAAGCACAUUUGGCCCCUAGAUGAAGCAGAAGCUACACCAGUCAAAUCUUCACAGAAGGAAAGACAACGUGAGGCCAGAGAAGAAGAGUUGGACCAGCCGAAGAGGAAAGAGAAACCGCGAAAAGGGGGAGGUUCUGGUUUAACUGCACCACUUCCACUCUCAGAUGCUCUUGUGAACUUCUUCGGUACUGGUGAAAAUGAGUUAUCCCGAGCUGAUGUUGUCAAGAAAAUGUGGCAAUACAUAAAAGAAAAUGAACUUCAGGAUCCGUCUGAUAAGAGAACGGUUUUAUGUGAUGAGAAGCUAAAAGAACUCUUCAAGGUGGAUUCCUUUCAUGGAUUCGGUGUUUCAAAGCUACUGACUGUGCAUUUCAUCAAAACCCAAAGGUGA